AUGUUCCGGCAGAUACUCGUCCACCCUGAAGAUCGUCGCUUCCAGCGGAUACUCUGGCGUCCAAAGGCUUCCGGCAAGAUUCAAGAGUACGAGCUGAACACCGUGACCUACGGGCUCGCCUGUGCUCCGUUCCUCGCUGUCCGCACUCUCCACCAACUGGCGGCCGACGAGGAGGCACGAGCCCCAAAGGGAGCAACCGCUCUGCGCCAUGACUGCUACAUGGACGACGUGAUCACCGGGUCGGACACCUUGCAGCACGCGGUCGCCCUGCAGACGGAGCUCCGAGAGCUCUGCACGGCGGGCGGGUUUCCGCUGCGGAAAUGGGCCGCCAAUAGCGAGGCCAUCCUUGAGGGUGUUCCUCCCGAUCAUCGACUCAAACAGGCACACCAUUCCUGGGAGAGCGAGGUACACUCCACCUUAGGCCUGCGUUGGCAUCCAGCCAGCGACGACUUCUCCUUCGCCAUCCAGCCUCGAAGCACUGGCGAAUUCACUAAGAGGCGAGUCCUGGCGGAAACGGCACGGCUAUUCGACCCCUUGGGAUGGCUCACUCCUGUGAUCAUCCGCGCCAAGAUCUUAAUCCAGUCAGCAUGGUUGAAAAGGCUGGACUGGGACUCUCCGCUCCCAGCGGAGGACGCUCAGUCUUGGCAGCGCCUCCUCUCCGAGCUCCAUUUGCUGGAGCACCUCCGAAUAAGGCGCUGGCUGGGUGUCAUUCAACAGGAUCCGACGGUCGAGAUCCACGGCUUCGCCGACGCGUCUGAGCGUGGAUACGCGGCCGUCGUCUACCUUCGCGUGUCCAGUACGGAAGAGACGUCCAUCCACUUACUGGCCGCGAAAAGCAAGGUCGCGCCGAUUAAGCCCGUGACGCUCCCACGGCUGGAACUCUGCGCUGCCUCCCUGCUGACCAAUCUCGUUCACCACCUCCGGUCAUCACUGGAGGUGUCGGCGCCAGUAUAUCUCUGGUCCGACUCCAAGGUUGUUCUCCACUGGAUCAAGGGUCAUGCUUCACGAUGGAAAACCUACGUGGCCAAUAGAGUGUCGCUGAUCCAGGAGCGGCUCCCCGAAGCGCAGUGGCGACACGUCCCGGGUCAAGAGAAUCCUGCCGAUUGUGCUUCCAGAGGGAUCGCUCCGAGGGAUCUGCUGAACCACCCCCUAUGGUGGCAGGGCCCCGGCUGGCUUCUCGGCGACUCGUCACUAUGGCCAGCCAGCGACGAGGCAUCAAUGGUCAGCGUUCCUGAAACAAAAACCACGGUAUUAACGGCCAUCAGCAAGAUCAGACCGGAGCCUGAAAUACUCCUACAGUUCUCAACACUGCAUAGGCUCUUACGUGUCUCUGCUUGGUGCCUUCGUUGGCGCCGGACCACUCGUCAUCCUCCCAGCGUCGCACUGCUCUCGGACGAGCUCGACGCCUCCCUCAUUCGCUGGCUGAGAAUCGUCCAAGGGAUCCACUACGCCGUUGAACUAACCGCCGUACGAGAGUCUCGCCCAGUGCCUCGCGGUAGCCACCUGGCCAGGCUGCAUCCAUUCAUCGACGAUGACGGGAUCCUGCGCGUCGGCGGCCGCCUGAAACACGCAAUACUCACGUACGAUGAACGACAUCCUAUGAUAGCGCCGCCCACUUCAUGGCUCACCAAGCUCGUGAUAGAGUCUUGCCAUCGCCGGACGCUUCAUGGAGGCACUCAGCUCACUUUGGGGCUCCUUCGCCUCCGCUUCUGGGUGCCGCAAGGUCGAGCCGUAAUCAAGCGGACACUGCACCGGUGCGUGACAUGCACCCGCUGGCGAGCCCACACUCCACGGCCCCUCAUGGCCGACCUCCCUCGGGGGCGAGUCACUCCAGCACGCCCUUUCCUGAGGACAGGAGUCGAUUACGCUGGCCCGAUAUUCCUCCGCACUUCCAAGGGGCGAGGACAUCGAGCUCACAAGGCGUUCAUAGCCGUGUUCGUCUGCCUCUGUUCCAGAGCCGUCCAUCUUGAGGUAGUAUCUGACUACUCCUCUGACGCCUUCCUCGCAGCAUUCCGCAGGUUCGUUUCCCGUCGCGGACUGUGCGAGGAAAUGUACUCGGACUGCGGAACUAACUUCAUCGGAGCGGACAACCAACUCCGAGAAUUCUUCCGCGCGUCGUCCUCCGACGGCCGUCGCAUCUCUCGGGAAGUUGCCAAGGAAGGAAUAUCCUGGCGCUUCAAUCCUCCCGCCGCGCCGCACUUCGGAGGCCUCUGGGAAGCGGCGGUGAAAUCCAUGAAACAUCACCUGCGACGGGUGAUAGGAGAGACUACGCUCACCUUCGAGGAGAUGAGUACUCUUCUUUCACAAAUCGAAGCAUGUUUAAAUUCUCGUCCAUUGCAGGCUUUAUCAGAUGACCCCGACGACAUCACCGCAUUGACUCCAGGGCAUCUCCUAAUAGGCGCCCCUCUACUGGCGGUCCCAGAGCCUUCCCUAGCCGAACGGCCUCCGAACGCCCUAUCCCGGUGGCAGCUGCUACAACGAAUGCGUGACCACUUCUGGCAGCGAUGGUCUCAGGAGUAUGUCCACGCCUUGGCACCUCGAUCAAAAUGGCUCAACUCCGAGCCCGCUCCGGAGGUGAAGGAUACAAUGCAGAUGACACAGAAAGAUGCGACCUGUUCAGUUGGACACAGGAAUAAGGGACCUCUUCAGUUGGACACAGAAAGAUGCAACUUGUUCAAUUGGACACAGGAGUAA